CUUGAACUCAGUAUGCCUCGAAUAUCAAAUCCCGCGUCGAUUUGUGUUCCAACCAAUGAUACUGGUCGCAAGAGAGCAGGAGCGAUUAGGUCGACAAAGCCAGUUGGUGAACUGACUUCUACGGCAAAUGGAGCGGCAUCCGACGAUCGCACAGUUUGGCAGAGGCCGCGAAGCGCACAAGAAGGCGAGGAACGCUCAGCGAAUUGCUCAGUCGAAAGAAACCGCUUGCAGUGAACAGGUACACCCACAGGCCUCGACUUGUCAACGCGCCUUCUCCUCAGCAUUAGCAGCAGAUCGAUCACAUGAACCACCGCAGCAAUUCGUCUCGCCGCGCAGGCGGACGCAUUGGCAGCGGCGUGAGCAUCCCAGGACUCAACGUGGACAUUGAGAUGCUCGUGCAGAGUACGCAGGGCUCGGCGAUGCAUUUCGGUCGCAAGACGGCGGGCGAGAAGUUCCACGGAUGGCUGUGGAAGAAAUCCGGUCGCUUUUCCAAGUGGCGCAACCAGCAUUUUGUGCUCGACGGGGCACUACUCACGUAUUACGACACGUUCCCCACGGACCAAUUCGUGUCGGAAUCGUCCUUGAUGCCGAUCCAGGGGGACAAUCUAUUCACGACUAAAAGCGAGUCCACCCCCGCAGGAGCCGUGCGUGUAGCUCACGUUGAGACCUCGCAGAAGUCCAAGAUUGCGUUCAAAGUGUAUGCCGUGAGUGGCAAGAUCAUCGAUGUGCGCGCCAAGAACGAGACUCUAUGCAGACAGUGGGUGGAUCGAUUGAACGAGGCUGCGGCGCUGGCCAAGCGCCAGGAGUCGCUGAACACCAGCACCACCAGCACCGCGUCGUCGACUCUUUCAGUGGGCUAUUCGGAUUCCGAGCUGGACUUGCAGUGCAACAUCGUGGACAAGAGCGGAUGGCUCGAAGUGGGCGACCGCAAGUCGAAGCGAGCGCGUUUCUGCGUCAUGCAGGGCAACAUGUUUACGGUUUACGAUACGGAGGACGCAUGGGCUGUACCGCUUAGUCGCGCGUACGUGACCCACGCGGAGAAGAUCAGUGAAGCCACUUGCGAGUUUUCCGUGUCAACGUGUGCCGGUAAAACCACCAAGACUCUCAUGUGCAAGGCAAGGUCGCAGGACGAAAUGCAUCUGUGGAUGGAGGCGCUGAGCAAUGCGUUCGAGUAAUUUUUGCAGAGUUUGCCAUUCAACCACCGUGACUCGCGGUAUCUAGCGUAGUAGAUGUGACGGCCACGCCCAAGCGCCAAGUUUUUUUCCCCUCAGUCCAAGCAGGACUGUUAUCAUCGUUGCCCACCCUCCUGUUCAAAUUGCCCAAGGGUGGCGAGCGUGCUGCGGCGUAUUUAAGUUAUUCACCGACCCGACGGAGGCCGGCAAGUUAGUAGUAAGCGUUUUGUCGAGACCACGUAAUUGGCGUGCAACCAAUUGGUAGUUGCAUGCAGUUUUUAAGCAAACACGCGAUUUUCAUUCAUGCAAUUUCAUUAAGGU